GCCCUCCGUGGGCGGGAAGGCCGAGGGGACUCCUCCUCCUCCUGCCCGGAGCAUCGGCGUGCGAUGGGGCUGGGAGCGAGCCGGGAGCCUUAGCCCCGCUCCGGCCGGGAGCCAUGCCCGCGGCGAACGGCACGGGCACCUCCAGCCGCCCGGAGCCUGCGGCGCCCGAGCCGGAGGUGCCGGGCGAGCGGCCCCUCUUCAGCGCCGCUACCUACGAGCUGCUGGCGCUCCUGGUCGCCACCAUCGGCAUGCUGGGCUUGUGCAACAACUUGCUGGUGCUGGUGCUCUACUACAAGUUCAAGCGGCUCCGCACGCCCACCAACCUCUUCCUCGUCAACAUCAGCCUCAGCGACCUGCUGGUAUCCGUCUUCGGCGUGAGCCUUACCUUUAUGUCCUGCCUGAGGAGCCGCUGGGUGUGGGACGCCGCCGGCUGCGUCUGGGACGGCUUCAGCAGCAGCCUCUUCGGAAUUGUUUCCAUUAUGACUCUCACUGCUCUUGCCUACGAGCGCUACAUUCGGGUGGUGCAUGCGAAGGUGAUUGACUUCUCGUGGUCGUGGCGGGCUAUCACAUACAUCUGGCUCUACUCACUGGCCUGGACUGGAGCCCCUCUUUUGGGCUGGAACAGAUACACACUGGAAAUUCAUGGCUUAGGUUGCUCAGUGGACUGGAAGUCAAAAGACCCCAAUGAUACCUCCUUUGUGCUCCUUUUUUUCCUUGGCUGUCUAGUAGCACCUGUUGGGAUCAUGGCCUAUUGCUAUGGCCAUAUUCUGCAUGCAGUAAGAAUGCUUCGCUGCGUAGAAGAUUUCCAGACAAUUCAAGUGAUCAAACUUCUAAGAUAUGAAAAGAAGGUGGCUAAAAUGUGUUUCCUGAUGAUCUCCACGUUCCUUAUUUGUUGGAUGCCCUAUGCAGUGGUCUCCCUUUUGAUAACAUAUGGCUACAGCAACCUUGUAACUCCAACAGUAGCUAUCAUCCCAUCUUUCUUUGCCAAGUCAAGCACUGCUUAUAAUCCGGUUAUCUAUAUCUUCAUGAGUAGAAAGUUUCGACGCUGCCUUUUGCAACUCCUGUGCUUCCGCCUGAUGAGAUUCCAGAGGACAAUGAAAGAGACACCAGCCACAGGGAGUGACAAACCAAUACGACCCAUAGUUAUGUCUCAGAAGGCAGGGGACAGGCCAAAGAAGAAAGUGACUUUCAGCUCUUCCUCUGUCAUUUUUAUAAUCACCAGUGAUGACACCGAGCAAGUAGAUGACAGCAGUAAACACAAUGAGACAAAAGUAAAUGUCAUCCAAGUAAAGCCAUUGCAGGGAUGAGCUGAAGAGACAUGGGAAUGAGAUGGAUUUCAGCCACUAGACUGUUGAGGCUGGAGAUGGUUUCAGGGGCAGUGUCUGUGGGCUGCCAAAGGAAACCACAUUCUUAAGCUGUGAAAUACUGAAGGGAUUCAGCAUCUGAAGCUCUCCAAGUAGUUCACUUUUGGUCACAGUACGGAAAUCUCUGCUAAAAUUGUUGAUGGAUGUCAUUACUUUGAAUUUUCUUAAAGCAUAUUUUAUGAUUGCCAUUCAGAACUUUCGGUAUUUUAAUGUUUUCUGAAUAUUGAGCCUUCAGUGAAUAAUUAAAUGGAUCUUGUUUAUAUAAUUUUGUUCUCAGUGAAAUAUUUUUUUCCCCACUGACUAGGACAUGAUCUGUAGCUUGUUGGAUACAGCUUGAAGGGAAGUACUAUGACCUGAGAAAACUAUAGUAUUUCAGUUGGCCUUUCUAAAGAUCAGGUAGAGAGUUUGUAAAGAAAAAUUACCCAGUGUUCAUAUUUAUGAAAGUAAAAUUUGAGUAAUUAACAAUAACAGUGUGUGAUUCUUUAUUAGUUGAUGUACAACAUAUUUACCACACUGACAAUCAUGUAACAAUUUAUGAAAAUGGAACACUAGAAGUUUUGGUAAAUUUCUUAUCUUAGGUGUACUCUGAAGUGCAGUGAAAUGAGCUGAAACUUCAUGAAAUUAUUUUCUUUGAAAUAGUGAGAUUUCAUUUCCUUUCAUGAAAAGAAGUGAAACAAGAAAUAAACAAAUGAAGUUAAGGGAGAAGACAAAGAAAGGAAAUAUAAGGAAGUGAAAUGAAAUUGAAAUAAAAUGAAAAUUCUUGGGAGAAGUUAAAUUUUUGAAAUGGAAUGGAAUGAAGUGCAGAGAAAUGAACCAAAACGUAAUGAAGUGAUACUGAAAUGGUGAGAUUUCAUUUCCUUUUGUGAAAUGAAGAGAUUUCAUUUCCUUUUGUGAAAUGAAGAAAUUCCAUCACAGCAGGGUACUGAGAUUGAUCACUCUACACUUUUGGAAUCUGGGCCAGCCACGGUGAUGGGGAUCACAGCAGCAGUGACAAGCUGCCAUUAGGGUUUGGGUUAGGGUUCAGAGAGCUGCAGAACGUACAGCUCCAGGAAAACUGGGGCUGGAAAAGGCAUGCCAAGGCAAUCCUGACAGGGCACCAACUUGGCUGCUCCUACGACUUUCUAAUCUGGACCUCCCAUGGUGAUCAAAACCCCAGCCCCAGUGACAAGAUGCCGUUACACCCAGAGUUCCAGGGACACUGGGGCUGGAAAAUGCAUAACAAGAUAAUUAUAGUGGAGGCACAACAUUUCUGCCUUCGCACCUUGCAGAUUAGGGCCAUAAAUGGGGAUCUCAGCUACAGCCCCAAGAUUGCUAAAUAGUGUGAAAAAAAAGAAAUUCUGAAAUGAAGUGAAAACAACAGAAUGGAAUGGAAUGACUGAAACUGUGAAAUGACACUCCUUGAAAUUGUGAGUUUUCAUUUCCUUUCAUGAAAUGAAGAAUUUUUAUUAAGAGAUUAGAACGCGUGGAGCUGGCAAUGUG